GUGUUAUUUCCGACGGCGCCUGAAGGCAACAGAUCUUCCGCUAAGCUAAUGAGACACCUCCAUCCCGGGCAGAGGGCUGUGUUAUAAGGAGCUGACCGAGGCUUUCUGCUUCUGUGUGCCGCACAAAAUGCUCAACUCGCAGAGAUCCCUGUCCGAGCUGCCUAAGAUGUCCGCUGCCAGUCAAGUGGAGAGAGCCGUGCUGGAGGAGGAGUUCAACUGGCUGCUUAAAGAAGAAGUGCACGCUGUCCUAAAACAGCUCCAGGAUGUACUCAAGGAGGCGUCUAGACGUUUCUCCAUGCCGACACCAGGUCUGGAGAGCCAGCUCAAACAGGAAAACUUCAUCCUUGGCAGCUCAACUAUGGAUCAAGUGAAGGGGGUGCUGACUCUGCAGGGAGAGGCUCUGACUCAGGCUGAUAUAAACCUGAAAGUUGCAAAGAGCAACCAAGCGCUCCACUUUCAGUUCAGAGAGGACAAGCAGUGGAAACUGCAGCAGAUCCAGGAUGCCAGGAACCAUGUGAACCAGGCUCUCCAGCUGCUGAGCAGCCAUGAUGAGAGCUACCACUUCAAGACAGGGGCUGAGGUCAACAAGCUCAUGGAUGCAGUGAUGCUACAGCUGACGCGAGCACGGAACCGCCUCACCACCCCGGCCUCCAUGACGCUACCUGAGCUGGCCACCAGCGGUCUGAUGAAAAUGUUCACUCCUCCUAUGCCCGGGGACGUGAUGGUGAACUUUUACAUUAACUUAAGCAAACUGUGUCUGACUGUGUACCAGCUUCACGUGCUGCCUCCCAACACCACCAAGAAUUUCAGGCCAGCUGGAAGCUCAGUGUUACACAACCCUGGAGCAAUGUUCGAGCUCAACAACAACCGGUUCGAAGUGAGCCACGUCCACAAGGUGGAGUGCGUGGUGCCUUGGCUUAAUGAUACGCUGGUGUUCUUCACCAUCUCCCUGCAGCUCUGUCAGCAGCUCAAGGACAAGAUAUCUGUCUUCUCCAGUUUCUGGAACUACAGACCUUUUUAAUCCACCUCCUGUCCGUCUGCCAGAAACCGCUCAGAAACAAACUAACCACACAAGUGUAAGGGACACACUGGGAAGGUUUUUAUUUUAUAUAUAGAUAGAUAUUUAUCAUCCAGUCAUUCAGUUUCAAGUGUUGCAUGAUCAGCUGAAGGAGCCAAUCAAAACCCAACAGACACCCAUAUUUGCCAUUCCCAGUUGUGUUAGCUCAGCUGAUGUUCAUGUAUCUCCCAGCACUGACUUGAACUUCUCAGUGAAUGAAUGUGAUUGUUGCUGAUUUAUUCUUAGAAUAAUUUUUUUUUGUUACAUUUAAGAAAACUUAGUGCAUAUUGAGUGUUUUUUUCCCCAGAGUCUUCUGAACUGUCUUGUUGGGUGGAACACUAAUCUGUGCACUCAGGGCUGGAAGACUAACAGCACUACAUUUAAAAAAAAAAAAAAUUAUUUACACAUUUCUGAAAUACUUUCAGUUCCUUCACAGCAGCUUCGUCAUGUUUGUUUUUUUGGGGUUUUUUUUCCAAGUUUCAUGUUCUUACAUUCUCUCGCAACAUAGUUCUACUUCUUUGUUUCUCGCACGUCUUAAAAGGGCACCCCGUUUGACACGUCAGAUUGUAGUCAAGGUUAGCACCGCUGAGUCUGAGUAACACGAGUAAUCUGAGUCAGUGGAUGAGCUGAUAAACUCGUUUGUUUUCUAAUGGAACAAACGGUGUCACCUUUUUAGAUACAGAGCGGCAACACGUUGCUUUUCAACUGGCUUUUCCUUGCGUCAAGCAAUGCGCACAACAUUGGUGAGUUGCAUUAUGGGAUUUGUAAGAUUCACUGUUUUUGACCUAUAUUAGGAAAUAAAUGUCAGGACAGCCAGACCUUUCUUUUCUGAUGUACUUUAUGGAUUUAUCUUAUUUGUUGAAGCACUUCUUUUAUUCUGAAGAUUCAGUUUUUGUUCUAUAAUCAUGAAACGGGUGCAAAGGUAUGAGGAAAUCAUUUCCCACUGUGAUCAUUUAGUACAUACACACCUGUUUGGUGACAGAGAGUAUGUUUCCUCAUUCACUUGCCUGCCCUUCCAGAUUGUCAACCCAUGAGAAGCGAUAUAUUUAUAGAAAAAAAAAAA